AAGGACAUACAAUGGGGUGAAGACUCUUGGUGAUGAAGGGACAUAGGUCAUCAGGGAGAAGGCCCCAAGUUUGGACGAGUGCUGACGGCCGCAGUGGUGAGGUCUGGUGUGGUCAGAAUGGCAGAGGAGCAGGAGUUCACCCAGCCGUGCAAGUUGCCUGCGCAGCCCUCACACCCACACUGUGUCAACAACACCUACCGGAGCGCGCAGCACUCCCAGGCCCUGCUCCGGGGGCUGCUGGCUCUCCGGGACAGCGGCAUCCUCUUUGACGUCGUCCUGGUGGUGGAGGGGAGACACAUCGAGGCCCAUCGCAUCUUGCUGGCCGCGUCCUGCGAUUACUUCAGAGGAAUGUUUGCUGGGGGAUUGAAGGAGAUGGAGCAGGAAGAGGUCCUGAUCCAUGGUGUGUCCUACAAUGCCAUGUGCCAAAUCCUGCAUUUCAUAUACACCUCCGAGCUGGAGCUCAGCCUGAGCAAUGUCCAGGAGACGCUGGUCGCUGCCUGCCAGCUUCAGAUCCCAGAAAUCAUCCAUUUCUGCUGUGAUUUCCUUAUGUCCUGGGUGGAUGAGGAGAAUAUCCUUGACGUCUACCGGCUGGCGGAGCUAUUUGACUUGAGCCAUCUGACUGAGCAGCUGGACACCUACAUCCUCAAAAACUUUGUGGCCUUCUCACGGACUGACAAGUACCGCCAGCUUCCCCUGGAGAAGGUGUACUCCCUCCUCAGCAGCAACCGCUUGGAGGUCUCCUGCGAGACGGAGGUGUACGAGGGCGCCCUGCUCUACCAUUACACGCUGGAGCAGGUGCAGGCCGACCAGAUCUCGCUGCACGAGCCCCCCAAGCUCCUAGAGACGGUGCGGUUUCCCCUGAUGGAAGCCGAGGUCCUCCAGCGGCUGCAUGACAAGCUGGACCCCAGCCCACUGAGAGACAUGGUGGCCAGCGCCCUCAUGUACCACCGGAACGAGAGCCUGCAACCCAGCCUGCAGAGCCCGCAGACGGAGCUGCGGUCGGACUUCCAGUGCGUUGUGGGCUUCGGGGGCAUUCACUCCACACCGUCCACUGUCCUCAGCGACCAGGCCAAGUACCUGAACCCCCUGCUAGGAGAGUGGAAGCACUUCACCGCCUCCCUGGCCCCCCGCAUGUCCAACCAGGGCAUCGCGGUGCUCAACAACUUCGUAUAUCUGAUUGGAGGGGACAAUAACGUCCAAGGGUUCCGUGCCGAGUCCCGAUGCUGGAGGUACGACCCGAGGCACAACCGCUGGUUCCAGAUCCAGUCCCUGCAGCAGGAGCAUGCCGACCUGUGUGUGUGUGUUGUGGGCGGGUACAUCUACGCGGUGGCUGGCCGUGACUACCACAAUGACCUGAAUGCUGUGGAGCGCUACGACCCCACCACCAACUCCUGGGCCUACGUGGCCCCCCUUAAGAGGGAGGUGUAUGCUCACGCAGGCGCCACGCUGGAGGGGAAGAUGUACAUUACCUGCGGCCGCAGAGGGGAGGACUACCUGAAGGAGACGCACUGCUAUGACCCGGGCAGCAACACGUGGCACACUCUGGCCGAUGGGCCCGUGCAGCGGGCCUGGCAUGGCAUGGCCACCCUCCUGGACAAGCUGUACGUGAUCGGAGGCAGCAACAAUGAUGCUGGCUACAGGAGGGAUGUGCACCAGGUGGCCUGCUACAGGUGCACGUCCGGGCAGUGGUCAUCUGUCUGCCCGCUCCCAGCGGGGCACGGGGAGCCCGGCAUCGCUGUACUGGACAACAGGAUCUACGUGCUGGGCGGCCGGUCGCACAACCGUGGCAGCCGCACGGGCUACGUGCAUAUCUAUGACAUGGAGAAGGACUGCUGGGAGGAGGGGCCCCAGCUGGACAACUCCAUCUCGGGCCUGGCGGCCUGCGUGCUCACCCUGCCCCGCUCCCUGCUCCUCGAGCCGCCCCGUGGGUCGCCUGACCGCAGCCAGGCCGACCCGGACUUCGCCUCAGAGGUGAUGAGUGUGUCUGACUGGGAGGAGUUCGACAAUUCCAGCGAGGACUAGGGCUCCAGGAGCCCGGUGUCAGAGGGGAAGGGUGGCGGGAGCUCUGAGGGCAGCAGGGCCCCUAGGCGGCCCAGGCCAGAGCACUUUACCCCAGGGCGUCGGCCACCCUUCCUCCUGGCAUUGCCGACUUGCUGGCUCCUGCCACCUUUCCUUCACACUGGCCCGUCGGCUGGUAUUUGCGGGCUCUGCAGAUCUGUGGCUGUGGAUUACCCAGCAGUGGGAAAUGCUUGUGAAGAGCCCUGGUCCUCUGAAGUUGACCAGGCCCACUCCUCUGCUUGGACGGGGUGUGCCAUCACCAGCUGUCUUGGCCUCCCUGGUUCUGGUCCCUGCUGGGCUAAGAAGGCACCCUUUUCCAGAGGGACCUGGGGACUGGUGCCUGGGUGAGGGGGCUGUGGCACAUUGCGUCC